GCGCGGCAUCAGUAGUGGCGUCUACCAACCAACUCAGUCUAGGACGUCUAAACCGACCUUGUUAGUUUCUCAGUUGUCUCCAUGCUCGAAACAAAUGCUGCCGUACGACGAUCGAGUCGACCGCAUUGCUCGGCGGUCGCAUCGCAAUGUCGUUCUCCGAGCCAUCGACGAAGGCUCGGCACUGGGCGGCACUGGGAAUGGAGGGGGCCUCCACCCAUCGCCAGGCCUCCCGCUACUAGCUAGUAGCUCCGGCCUCCAGCACAGCUCCGCGCCUUGUCCGCCCUGAAGGCAGCGCUGGGCUCCAUCCGCCCUCCGCACUCCCAUCAUCCCGCCCUCCGCGCUCCAUCAUCCCGCCCUCCGCGCUCCCAUCAUUCCGCCCUCCGCGCUCCCAUCAUUCCGCCCUCCGCGCUCCCAUCAUUCCGCCCUCCGCGCUCCCAUCAUUCCGCCCUCCGCGCUCCCAUCAUUCCGCCCUCCGCGCUCCCAUCAUUCCGCCCUCCGCGCUCCCAUCAUUCCCCUUUUGCCGCCCAUCAAGCAGCGCAGGGGGCAUCACAUCGCACGGCCUUCUCCCGAGCCAUCGACGAAGGCUCGGCAGGCUCGGCGUGGAGCGGAGGAGGCCUCACCUGCAGCUCGGGCCUGCUCCGAAACCAAUCCAACUCGGGCCUCCCUGAACCACCGCCGCGGACACUCUCUACGGUACGGAGUCCGUCCUUCGCCCGCGAGCGCGCUGGUGGCACCACGAAUAAGAGGCAGGCGCCGAUGAGCAAGGGGUCGUCACGAUUGCUCUCGGCGUCAGUAGCAGGGCUUCUUCACUCGGCAUCCGUAGCAUCAUCCCCUCCGUUCUCUUAGUCCAAGUAUCCCGAGAACUAGCCUUCCCGAGAACUAGCCUUCCCGAGAACUAGCCUUCCCAAGAACUAGCCUUCCCGAGAACUAGCCUUCACUCGGUGGAAACAGAACUUCGUAGAAGAGAAGAAGCCUCAUUGAAGCUCCUCCUCGCAACGAGUACUACUGGGUUCGUCCUUUUUCUCAGCUGAAGGACCUCACUGUCAGCCUCAGGCUGCCGGGUUGCUCAAAGGAGUAGCCGCAAUCCCCUCUAUUGGUUCACUCACGGAGAUAGACUCUUGUCGCAAUGGCGCGCUUCCUUGCUCUCGGGCUGGCUGUUCCGCUGGUGCUCGUCCUUCUCUGUAUAAAGUGUACGCCACUGGGGGGUACAAGUACUUCGCUUCGAGUGGCACAUACAGUGUCCCACCUUCGGUGUGAAAAUCAAACUCCGUGUUUCAGACUAUGUUCAUGGCCGUUAGAGAGUUUUCUGAUACCGUAAUCCCCCGUAUAAAACACCCUAUGGUGUUAAUAAAAAUGCAAGGAAAUUUUGGGUUGGGUGUAAUUAAAGGCAAAAAAAAUACAGC